UUCAGUUAGUUUAGCAGGCUAAGUACGGAGAGAGGAGGGCUGUUCCCUUUCGCCUCUGCUCAGUCUGCUGCUCAGCACGCCGUCAACACACAUUCCACACCAUGGCUGCCACGGACGUGGACGUAUUUUCGAAUGAGGAGAAACGUAAUCUCAGCUUGGGCGGCCAUGUUGGAUUCGACAGCCUCCCUGACCAACUGGUCAGUAAAUCAGUCACACAGGGUUUUUGCUUCAACAUCCUCUGCGUAGGAGAAACUGGCAUUGGCAAAUCAACAUUAAUGAACACACUGUUUAACACCAUGUUUGAAAAUGAGGAGGCGAGCCACUACCAGAAUGGCGUGUAUCUGCGGCCGCGAACCUACGACCUCCAAGAGAGCAACGUCCACCUCAAACUAACGAUUGUUGAUACCGUUGGGUUUGGUGACCAGAUCAACAAGGAGGACAGUUACAAGCCAAUCGUGGACUACAUCGACACCCAGUUUGAAAACUAUCUGCAGGAGGAGCUGAAAAUCAAACGCUCGCUGUUUAACUACCAUGACACCAGGAUCCACAUCUGCCUUUACUUCAUCGCCCCAACAGGACACUCCCUCAAGUCCCUGGACCUGGUCACAAUGAAGAAACUGGACAGCAAGGUCAAUAUUAUUCCCAUCAUUGCCAAAGCGGACACAAUCUCCAAGAGCGAGCUUCACAAAUUCAAAAUCAAGAUAAUGAGUGAACUCGUGAGCAACGGCGUCCAGAUCUAUCAGUUCCCGACAGACGAUGAAGCUGUUAGUGAGAUCAAUGCCUCCAUGAACGCCCACCUGCCAUUCGCUGUGGUCGGAAGCGUGGAAGAAGUCAAAGUGGGGAACAAAACGGUGAGGGCCAGACAGUAUCCCUGGGGAGUGGUGCAAGUUGAGAACGAGAGCCACUGUGACUUUGUAAAACUCCGAGAGAUGCUGAUCCGGGUCAACAUGGAGGAUCUGAGGGAGCAGACGCACGCCCGCCACUAUGAGCUGUACCGGCGCUGCAAGCUGGAGGAGAUGGGCUUUAAAGACACAGACCCAGACAGCCAGCCCUUCAGUCUUCAAGAAACAUACGAAGCCAAGAGGAAAGAGUUCUUAGGAGACCUGCAACGUAAAGAAGAAGAAAUGAGGCAAAUGUUCGUAAACAAAGUAAAAGAAACCGAAGCAGAACUCAAAGAAAAGGAACGAGAGCUCCAUGACAAGUUUGAGCAGCUGAAGCGGAUGCACCAGGAUGAGAAGAGGAAGGUGGAGGAGAAGCGGAGGGAGCUGGAGGAUGAGAUGAACGCCUUCAACAGGAAGAAGGUGGCUUGUGAGACGCUCUCAUCUCAACCCCUCAAGAAAGACAAGGACAAGAAAAAUUAAUUUUUGAGGCGCAGCACACCCAUCCACACACGACCAUGGAUUUGUCCUCCAUCACCAUAGCAACGACCACAUCUGUGUUUUCUUUUUUUGUUUGUUUUUCUGUUUUGUUUUGACAUUCCAUCUUGACAUUGUGCACAUGGACCAAAGACACUGAGGAUGAUGAUGAUGGUGAAGCCACAGGAGAGAAAAAGAGUGAAAGAUGGUGAGAGAGAGAAAUAUUCACAUCCAUCAGUGGCCAUCUCAUUGAUUCAGGAUCUUUCUAUGUGAUUUUUGGACAUUUUUUUAAUAAAUAUAUCUGUUUAUUUUAAUUUCUUUGUUGUUUUAAAUAUUUCUGUAUUUUUUCUUUCCUCAUUAGCCAUCCAAACUGAUUAAAUCUUGUCAAGCAUUGUCAUUUCGUGGUACUACAAUUUUGAAAAUAUGGGCAAAAUAUGUAUUUAAAAAAAUAUAUAAAAUAUAAGAGACACUCAGUUUUUAUAGGCCUGACGUUCAAAUCGAAGAUUAAAAGGUCCUUAACUUUUUUAAAAAUGUAUGACCCAUUUAAAAUAUUCAGAGGUAAUUUGUCUUUUUGUAACCCUGAGGAAUUAGUUUAGUAUAAUCAGUCCCUCAUUAGUGAAUAAUACAUUAAAAUCUUAGCGUGUCAAGCAAUAACUGAGUACCUGCAUUUAGAGGUACUGACAACUUAACAUGUAGUCCUACAUCUUAAAACCUAUGCAAUAUUCUAGUGCUGUAAGUCAGUUAAUGUAUGUGAAUAUUUUCUCGAGCUUAUCAAGCUUCCAGUAAUAUACAAAUAUGUACUAGUUUUUAAUAUGAUUAAUGAAUAUGAUGCAAGAAGCCCAUAAGAGGGUGUACAUUAUUUGUGAGUGACUUAACUAUAUUGUAAACCUUGCGUGAUUGUUUUGUUUCGCCCGUGGAAUCACGACUAUGAAGCCAGUAAACAUUUAAGCCUCAACUCGCUGUAGGAGAGUUUACGCUCAGACAUGGAGAAGAGAGCAGCUGUAUUUACUGUCUGUUGAUGCAAAUAAAUGCAAACCCUCCCUCCGAAAUGUGAAGCCUCUCUGUGCUCUGAUUUGUUUGUCUGCGUUUACUCCUGGGAGAUGAGGACGGUGGUGAAACACGGGCAGGUAAAGACGCAUUCAUCGUGUCUGCAACCAAAACAGCUGUCAGAUGGAGGUGAAGCAGCUGCACGAUGUUUGCUCAACGUGUUGCUUUUUCUAACUCAACACUGCAUUGUUACCCUGUGCGGUUUCUCUGUUUGCUAAAGGUGGAGUGCAGUAGUGAAAAGGAGAAGUACAGUGCCUUGAAAACUGAAGCAUUUUGUCACUUAUUUCACUGCAUGUUCUAUAUUUAUAAUAGGUUUUCAGAUAAGUCUAAAAUACAUGGCAUGCAUUUGUAUUCAGUCAAUUUGUAAAACCAUCUGUAUCAGGUUUCUAUCAGCGUUGCCCAUCUAAAGAAUUACACUUUUGCCCAUUCUUUGCAAAGUACCUCUAGCUCAUUCUGUGAACAUCAAUUUUAAGAUCUUGCCACAGAUUCUCUAUUACAUUUGGACUUGCAUGAUCUGUAACACCAAUUUUUAAGUGCUUGAUUUUGUGCGAAAAUCUUUUUCAGGUUUAGAAACUCUGGGAUAUAUUUGAUCCGUUCUACGUCUGUACCUGGAGUACUUCAGUAAUUCUUUAAAACAGACUGAGGAAGUCACCACAGUAAUAGAUUCUCUGUUUAUGCGAAUCCCUUGCCAAGUCUAUUAUUAUUCUGUGCACCACCUGCAGGGCUGACUGGAUCCCUUCCAGCAGCACAAUAUGUUCGCAGCUCUACGUCGUGUCCUUUAAAGCACCAGGACACUGUGCUAACAAAGCUGAGUGAUAAUCACUGACGUUCUACAGCAGCUGCUGCUUUCUGCUGCCGUGACGCGUUUCAUGGUUCGCUGCAAAAUGGAAAGUUAAUCCCAGGUGAAGCCACAUCCACGUGCGAUUCCACAAUGUUACAGACCGCAAUUAGCUUGAUAAAUACCUUAAGAAAAAGAUAUAGAACUUUUUAAACUUUCUGAAUACUCUGUAAAGAACAGUUUUUUAAACUUUCUUAUUGUAAAGGGGAUCAUAAGAACUUUUUCUGAUUUUAUUUUAUGAUGUAACUGAGUCAGGGGGUGGUGGCUAAAAAAAACCCAGUUCAUAAUCAACAUUUAAAGCAGCGUUCAGUCUGUAAAAAGAAGAAGCAGGAAAAAAAACAAAUUAGGUGUGGCCUUAAAUACUUUAUCACUUACUGCAUGUCUAUUUAAUAGUGCAGCCACUAAUGUUAUUACUGAGUAUUGUAAUUUAAUAUGGCUGUACACACAGACUUGAUUUAUACGUUCCUAUUCUGCUGUAAAGGGCUGUUUCAGUUUUUCUGUUUAUUGGAAUCUGGACUCAUUUUGAUCAUCUCCAGUUUGAAGGUUUAAUUUACUUAAACUGGUCAGUCCUGAAAUUAAAUAUCUUCAAUUAAUUCAAAACUAUUUAAAAUUUUUGAAGAGCAUUAAGCUUUGGCAUUAGAAUCCCAUUAGAUAAAGUCAAAUUUGCAAAUGUUGAAGAUACUGUAGGUCAUUCAUGCAAAAAUCCCUACUCCUGCUACUUUAACUUCCUGUGGCAGCCAGCUGUGCUGCAGUUAUAAUGCUAGCUUAAAUGUGAACUUGGAAAAAGCUAAUAUUUGGAAUCCACUGUGUCACUUUUUUCUGUCUCAUAGCAUAGAAGCUAACAUUUUUAUUUCAAUUUGUUCAUGAAAACAAAAACUCCAGUUCAGAAUGGGAACAUAUUUAUAGAAAAAUGAAAUGAAAUCCCCCCAUUGAGGAAUUCCCAAACUCGAGUAUUAAGAAACUGACUAAAUAUUAACCAUAAAUUACACCAUAACUGUGCUAUUUGUUACAAUACCUUAAAUAGGACCAUUCCAUUCCUGAACAAAGGCUGGGAGGAAUCAAUUGAGUUUGAUUUUCUUCAGAUUUAUACGAUGGUGUCAGCAAGUAAGCACUUUCUUUAACCCACUUCCAUUCUUUGAGAUUGACAAACUUUUUAAGUUGUAGUUUAUUUGUGGUCAAAAAAAACGUAUGAUAUAGCUGCCUUAGCACACAAAUAAAAAUAUGAAACAUCUUUAAGGUUUAGAAAACAGAAAUUAGUUCACAUUGCAGACAUUAUUGCUGUGAGUAUUCAGUGUCUGAGCUUCAGAGCUUUGGCAGUGG